AUGAGUUUAUUUACAAAUUCUUUUCGGAAGCUGUCGCAACAACAAUAAGAGAAUGAUAUGGUCAAGGUGUACUAUAAAACAGACAUGAAGCUCUAUGCUAAAGUAAGGUAUAACAGAGGAACCACAGUUGGCUAAAUUAUAGAUGAGUUGAUCAAAGAGCUGAAUUUGAAUGGUAAAUUUUAAAGAUUAACUCAGGGAAGCUAUAAUACUAAAUUUAUUUAUUGUCACACAAAAAAAAUGAGCCAUCCUUAGGGGGUAUAAGCAUAAAACGUAAGUUGCGUAGAAAUGAGCAACCAUUCAAGAUUUUAUUUUUAACAAAGGUCUACAAAUUUUCUUUUUAUCUUGAUUAUAUGCUGAGCUAAUUAAGUUAAAAUAAUUAUGAUUCACAAUCCAAUUAGAAUGAGAAUUAUUAAUUCACCAAAUACGACAAGGAAUUCAAAAUAUAUAAGAUUACAAAAGAAGGAGGUUAAAAGCAAAUGAAGAUAAAAAUAAAUUCCACAGGAGCAGCUUUAUGCUAGGAAGGAAGUAUUUUGGAAUUAUUUUAAUUAGGUAAGAAAUGGAGAAAUUUAUUGAGUAUUCUGAUUGCAAAUUUGAUUUCGAAGAAGAUCUUGUAUUCACAAUCACUUAAGAACAAGUAUCCAUUUAUAGAGCUUCAAAUAAAAAUGAGUUUUAUGCUAUGUAAUAUUGUCUGUAAUUGUAGUAAUAAGUUGAUCUAUUAAUAUACGAAAAACACAGAAAUUAAAUAUAAAAUAAGUGCUUUGGAUAAUAAAAUUGAACAUUGUACUAAGCAAAUUAUGGAAUAAUUAGAAUCUAAUUGCUAUGAAUUCAUAUCGAAUAAAUAGAGGAUGAAGGAAAAUCCAAGAUUCCACAUCUUUUUUGAUAUAUUCAAAGUAACCCAAGUUAAUAGGGAUAUUUCAGCCAUUGAGAAUGAUGAUAUGAACAUCAACUUAGAAGAGUUCAGAGAAUCUAUUUUAGAAACACUAUCGAUUUUGCCAACAGAAUAAUUUAGGAAGGGACUCAUAGUAUUUAAUUCCCAGUAUAAAUACACAGCUAGUUGCAAGAUAGAGGAUUAAAUUGAAGAACAAAAUAAUAACAAGUUGCUUUAAUCUUUAGAUAGUGUUGUAAUUAGCGAAGAAGAUUUAAGAAGAUAUAGUUAAUUUUUAUCAUGA